AAUUACCCACAGCUCCGGUUCCAGCCAGUCUGGGACUUCUAAAUAUAAGAAGAGCUCGGAGGCCCAGACGACUCACACGGACAAUGCCCGGUGCCUCCUGCCCUACUUGGGUGAUGCAGUCACUUUCAAAUCAUUAAGAAUUGGUUCUUUGAAAAUCGCUGCCCCCGGCCACUCCAGGAUCUUCUCUCUAAGACAGCCAUGGCCGCAGUGCCUUCCAUCGGUUGCCUUCUAGCCAAAAAUCAGUAUUAUCGAAAGCCCAGUGUGUCUUCAGUUAGUUCUCUAACCAGCUCCGACUCUGGUAACUUCACAGAUGAGGACAAAUCUCAGCAAGGAUUACCCGAAGUGGCAGAAUCCACCUGGUGGUUUAAAUCCUUUUUUCACGUGGAGCCUGUGCUUUCAGAUGUGAGAAUCAAAGAUCUGUCUCCUAGUGGCAGUAACAGUUGAUUCAACAAUCAAGAUACUUUCCCUGCUGCAGAGCCACAUAGGUGAGCCUCCCCCCGUCAGCACGUCAGCUAUUCCAGAGGACUCCUUUCCAUUGUAAGAAGAUAAAACCUUGCCUGAGCUCUCAUCUAUGAAACAAGAAGACAGCAGCCACCAGUACAGCAAAACUUUGUUAUUUUCCACAACACUGUGGCAGCAGCUACAUGGAGAAUAUUUGGAAAGCCUGCCUUUGGAAACAUUUGACCUUUUAAUGUAAUAAGAUCCUUUAAAUGUCGUGAUUUAUAUAAAGUAGCCCUUUAUUAUUAAGUUUAUUUUUAAAAUUAAAUUCAACUCUUUAAAUGUCUGUUGAAUGAUUCAUUAUGCCUUAAAACUGAAGUAACAGAAUGGUUUAAAGGGCACUGGAUUCAUCAGCACAGAAAAGAAUUGCAAAAGUUGCAGUUUUAAUUGUGAGAGUUGGAAUUAGCAAACAUAUCCUUAAACAUAUUACCUGUUGAAUACAGCAGUGCACAUCUAACCAAUUAUGUAUUGUGUAGAAUGUUAAAUUCCUGAUUUUAAAUUGUAUUUCACAGAUGGAAAAUCAUGGUAGAUAAUGUGAAUGAAUAAAGCAGGUGUGAUUUUAGUUGUAUUAAAAACUUGCGUAUUUGUAAGGAUGAAUGGAAAGGACCAUGGAGACAUAUUGAAGGUGGCUAUUCAUAGUGUUGGGAUUAUGGAUGGUUUUCAUUUUAUGCUUUGUAUAUUUUUCUAUAUCUUCAAAUUUUAUAAUAAGGCAUGUUUUUGUGAAUAAGUAGAAAAUAAUAAAUGUUAGUAUAAAAGGAAUACUGGAAUAAAUACUCUCAAUGUGUAUAUGCCCUACAUUGAAUAAACUAUUCCCCACUUUCUCCAGUAUCGGGAAGACACAAAUUAAUGGGUUUUAUUUGCUUGCAAAUAUUUUCCAAUGUAAAACGUGAGGAUUAGAUAGUAAGGACGCUGAAGAGGUUGAACUCAUUGAGAGGUGGACGUCACUGUAGUUGUGUAGCUAAUGUUGCUCUUGACGUCCAGCAGAGACCUUGUGCUUGUUUUUCAGUAGAUCCAUCUUUUUACCCAACUACAUAAUCAUGACAAAGUAUCCAGACAGACCAUACCUAGUAACGGGCACUGCUGACCAAUCACUUACUCUUUCCAAAUGAGAAAAGCAUUUCCUCAAUUUUAUGUUCCUCUGUCAUUAGCUGUCAAUGAAGCUCAUAGAUCACCUUGGCCCAUAUUGUUGCUUGCAUGUAUUUUCUUUUGGUGGUUUUCUGAAUGUAUACUUUCAACAUGUUUUCAGGGACAGAUUAAAUUUUUGAAACAAAUAUAUUUCACUUGAUUUUAGUCUAAAAUUAAAUCAUAGAGAUUAAAAACUAAUUUUUUUUUUUUUUUUUUUUU